AUUUGAGAUCAUUUGAGACUACAGGAGCUGCUGAGAUGAUUGUGUGCUCCAUCCUUCUCUUGUUGUUCUGCAAAAACCAUGUCAGUCUGGCAGACGUCUUCAUGCAGCCUCACCGGUCAGUUAGAGCCCAGCUGGGAGGUUCAGUACACUUGGAGUGUCACAUGAAGGUAUCUUCUCAGUACUCCUACAUUUGGAUUAAACACACCCAAGGAGAAUUGCCUGAAACCAUUGUGUUCUGGUCAUAUCAUGAGGGUAGGACUCAUAAAGCAAAUGAUGGGAGCACACGAUACCAAGUGAUGACAAGCCUCAGCUCCUUCAAUCUGUCCAUUACACAUCUCGACACUUCAGAUUUGGGCACAUAUUACUGUGGAGUGGUGAAGCCUUAUGACAUCUUGUUUCGUAAUGGAACUGAGGUCUGCCUAACAGGUAAGGAAACAAUUAGAGGAAUUUUUCAGCCUCCUGUUUUGAAACCAGUCCAGUAUGGAGACGAUGUGACUUUGGAGUGUAUAAUAAACAGAAGGGUGUUUGGAAAUGCACACCAGGUAUUCUGGAUUCAUCGCACCAUCGGAGGUUCCUAUCAGACUAUAAGAAGCACUCACGAAAAUCAAAGGAAAUGUGCCGGUGAGUCUCAGGAGUGCGUUCACAGCCUUCAAAAGAAGAAUUUCAGCUUCCAAGAUGCUGGCACUUAUUACUGCGCUUUAGUGUCGUGUGGAGAAAUCAUUCUAGGAAAUGGAACAGAAUGUACUGAUAAAAACAACCAAUUAGAACUUGACCCUGUUGUCCUCAUUCUGGGUAUAAGCAACGUUCUCCUUGUGGUUUUGCUUGUUUUGUGUGUGGCGAAGAAGACCGCUCACUGCUGCCAACGUAAAAGGGAUGGUGAACAGAAAGUUGAUGAAACAUUUGAAAAUGACGAGCCAGACGGUGCGCAGGUUCAUGGAGUAAAUUAUGCUGCCUUGGAUUUUGGGAAAAGAAAAAACAAAAACAGAGAAAUGAAGAGAGACUUGGGAAUGGAAACGACUUAUUCAAGCGUUCGAUUACAAUAGUCACAAUGUCAUCACAGUGAAACGAGAGGAAG